GGUACUGUGCCUGGUGGAGGUUCUCCUUUACAUUUGACAACAGUAAACCGUUUCAAUUUUUACUCUAAAAUUUAAUUAAAUGUGCCGAUUAUAAAUAAUAGACAAAGGCAGAGAAGAAUUGAAAAACCAUGAGUAAAUUAGGAUUCACUUUGUUUUUCUGCUCCUUGGCUGCGUUAUUCACGCAAGGUGUACUUGGAGAAUUUACUGCUGAAGAUUGCUGGGCCCUGGGAUUUAACAAAGCAACACUCCUGUGCUCAUCGUGUGAACACUUGAAAAAAUAUGAUUUAGAAGAAAUGAGAGAACACUGUUUCAACUGUUGUAAUAAAGAUGAACAUGAACCAUCUGUCAAAAGAUAUCCCAAGGCUACACUUGAGGUGUGUACUUGCAAAUUCGGUGCUUAUCCACAAAUUCAAGCUUUUGUGAAAGGUGACAAACCAUCAAAAUUCCCGAAUUUAACCAUCAGAUAUGUCAGAGGGUUAGAUCCAAUUAUUAAACUGUUCGAUCACAAUGGAAAUGUUCAAGAGGUUUUGGCAAUUGAAAGAUGGGAUACAGAUGCAGUGGAUGAAUUUUUGAAGACGCAUUUAGAACCAGUUACAAAAGACGAUCCAUACUACUUGAAAACAAAUCAAAUAUGAUAAUUGUUAAAUAAAUUUCAAAAUAUUUUAUACUAUUAUACUUUUGUGCAUGAAGUGAUAUGUAAAUACAAGUUUUUUGUGUACAUAUAUAUUUUUCUCUCCUGA